AUGAUAGAAAUUAAAUUAAAAUAUAAUGAAGAUAAGAAACAAUUAUAUAUGUCAAAAACUGGUUGUGAUAGUGCUAAAAAAAUAAUUACAAAAGGAAAAACAAAUUUAAAAAAGAAUGAUACGUAUUCAAAAGAAAAAUUGCAAAAUAAAAACUUUCAGAAGUUAACAUAUUUAAUCAAAAAUUCUGAUUCAAAGAACAACGUAUUGAAUGAAGUAGAAUGUUGCAUUCCCAAAUGCAAGUACAGUUUUUCUGAAAAAAGAAACUGUAUAAAAAAUAAUCUGGCCUUAAAAAAUAAAAUAUUAGAACUAAUAAAAAAUGGGGAAAAAGAAAAAAAUAGGUGGUUUGAUAAAGAUGAGAAUUCUUAUAACUUUGUGAAAAAAAGUAACAUUGAAGAAAAAGAGCAAAAUCACAAUUACAAUUAUAAAUUUCAAAAAGAAGGGAAAAAUGAAGAUUUAAAAAAAGAUAAGGAUUUCGAAAUUUUUAAAGAAUUACAAAAAGAAAAUAAAAAUAAUACAAAUAAGAUGAAUAAAAAAAUAAUUGUAUCUAAAGUGUUGCACAAUAAAAUGAAUAAUUUCGAAUUAUCUAAAUUCAAUGAAUAUAAAAAUAUAAAUUCAGUUAAAAGUAUUGUAUCUAAAAAAGAAAAAAAUAUUGAACUAAAAAAUGCUAGAAAUAAAGCUUUAAAGGAAAAUUUAAUAGAAAAUUUUAAUGAAAAAAGAGUAUUACAAUAUGAAAAUACUUUACAUGAAAAAAAGAUAGUUAAUAGAAAAUGUAAAAAGGAAAAUAUUAAAAGGGAUAAAUCGCUUAUUUUCUCAUAUUUUUAUAAAUCUAAUCCAAGUAAAUUUAUGAAAUAUGAGCAAAAUAUAUUUCAUAAAAACACGAACAAUUAUUUAAGAGAAAAUAAAAAUGUUAAUUAUAGUAUACACAAAAAACAGAAAAAAUAUACAAUGAAUGAUCAAACAAGACAGAAAGAAAAAAAAAAAGAUAAAAAAACUAAAACAGAAAAGAUGAAGAAUAACUUCGAAAAAGAUGACGAAAAUAUAAAUUCAGGAAACAAUGAAGAAGUAAAAAAAAAAAAAAAGAAAAUUUGCAAAAAUAUAUGGGAUCAAAAGGAAGAAGAUAAGGAAAAGGAAGAUAAGGAAAAGGAAGAAGAUAAGGAAAAAGAAAAAUUACAAAAUAAAGAAGAAUUAAUAGAUGAAAAAAAAAAUAAAAAACCUAAAGAAAAAUUAAAGAAAAAAAAAAACUUCAUUUUAAAUAACAUAAAAAAAGUAAAAAAUUACAAGAACAAUUAA